UGCAUUUACAGAUAACUUGAGAACAUGAAGGUUUUCUUGUUUGUUUUUCUUAUUAUAAUUAACGACUUAUGCUAUGCAAAAGCAAACGACGGGUUCUCCAUCCCGUAUAAGCCGUACCAAAACUUCACAUUCGACUACGUUCACCGGGGCACUAUGAACAUAUCCUCUUGUGGCAAAGAGCUGCUCACUUGCUGGGAGAUUAUCAGACCAGAGAAGAUAUGCUACAACAAGAAUUACUACGAGUCGAUAUGCGGCGUUCUGAGGCAAGAGUGCAGCGAGAUGUUCGGCCCGGUUGACGACUACGGCCACCUGAUGAAUUUCUUCGAAAUGGUCUGCGAGUACUACCAGCUUCAUACAAGAAAAUUCUAUAGCGACGCUUUUGGACGAGAACUGGGCGAAAUACUUGUGAAUAACCUGCAGCCGAACGUUACGAAUACCACAUUGAGUUUUUAUAUUAAAUCGGAUAAAAGCCCGUAGAGUUAAGAUUUACGUUUUAUUGUUAUUUGUUAAUGUGUUUUGUGUUUGUUUGAGAAUAUAAAGAAAUGUAUGCC